AUGGACGCGCCUGGCGCGACAGAGGUGGAGAGCGCCAGCCAAGCCCACUUGGAGCAGCAGGGAACAUCAACAGUGCAGGCCACCAAUGACGAACACGAGCAGCGCGAUGAGUCGACCCAGGGUGGACCGGGCAGCGGCGACGAGGGUGGCGAGCAGCACAGCUCUGAAGACGACGAUGAGGGAGGAGAUGACGGAGAACAGGAUGAUAACGACGAUGAAGAGGAAGAGGAGGAAGAGGAGGAAGAGGAACCAAAGCUCAAAUAUGCAUAUCUGACGAAACAGAUCGGGUCUGUUUACCGCAAUGGAGACGCCACGAGCUCGUUUCUUACCGUGGGGGACAAGAUGAUCAUUGGGACACAUAAUGGGAACAUCCAUGUCUUAUCACUGCCGCAAUUGCAGCCGGUACGCGUCUAUCAUGCACACUCAGCGAGCGUGACGUCUAUAUCUGUGUCGCCGUUCCCUCUUCCCGUGUCUACUGUCAAGAUCGAUGCCAUCGCUCGGCUCUCUGCCGAUGACCGUGGCUCAAUCCGGUCCUCAUCGAGCUCCUUUGUUUCUCGCAGUGCCCAACCAAAGGGUUAUCAGGGAGCAGCUCUUGUUUCCACCGGUUCCAACGCCAUACACAUUGCUACCUCAUCGAUUGAUGGAAACGUUUGUGUGGCCUCGUUAACGGAUCCGAGAGAUGUUCUUCUCCGGAAUUUCGGACGACCAGUCCAAGCUGUUGCGCUUUCUCCCGAGUAUAAACAGGAUAAAUCAUUCUUGUCGGGCGGUCGGGCUGGGGAUCUCAUACUUACGACCGGUGGCCGUGUGGGUACGACUACGAACUCGACAACGAUGGGAGGUGCAGCGGCUACCGCUUCCAGCUGGCUGGGUUCCAUUGGGCUGGGGGGAAACAAUGGGAAGGAUACAAUUCUGCACAGUGGAGAAGGCGCGAUCAGUACAAUUAAAUGGUCUCUCUCGGGCAAAUACGUUGUCUGGGUCAAUGAGGAAGGGAUUAAGCUUAUGCGGUCAAACCUACAUCUCGACUCCGCAGACUUGGAUCUCGCGUGGAAACGAGUCAGUCACAUAGAUCGACCGAACAGUACUGGAUGGGAAGAGAUGGCCGGGGUCUGGAAAGCAAGGGCAGAGUGGAUCGAUAUGACCUCUCUCGACAAGGACGACGGCUCUCCGCCGACGGGAAACUCAUCAAGAGAGACACUGUCCCAGCUACUUCCCACAGCAGAGAGCACAGAGAAACUCGUAGUGGGAUGGGGUGGAACCGUCUGGGUCAUUAAUGUUUUCCCCGAUCGCCCAAAUAAGAAUGCCAAAGAACCGAGACUGGGCUCUGCGGAGGUUGCAGCCAUUUUACGCACCGACUGCAUUAUAUCCGGCAUUUCAAUGUAUACGCCCAGUCUUCUCAUGGUCCUCGCUUACAUUGAGGACGACGAGAGCUCUCGACGUGGAAACCGCCGACAAAAGGGCCUGGAGCCUGAACUCCGUAUCAUCAAUAUUGAGACUAAAGAAGAAGUCAGUGCUGAUACGCUUGCGGUCAGCCGAUAUGAGAACCUCGCGCCAUCAGAUUACCACAUGAGCGUCUUGCCUCCAUUCAAGACCCCAAUAAAUAUCGCACAACGAGGUGCGCUGGGAGCUCUAGGAAAUGGCCUCUGGGAUGCGACUAUGUACCCGGCCCGGCUCUUCAGCUCUGGCGCUAGCAUUCGCAGCAACACAAGUGGAAGUCGGGAGAGAGGUUCUAGUAAAGCUCCCAGCUCAUUCGCAUCUAGACGCCUCUCAAACGAUGAGCUACUGCCGAAAGAAAUCAGGGAUGCUGCGAAUGCAGAAGGCACAAAAAUAUUUAUCCACAGCCCAUACGACUGUGUUGUUGCAGUGAAACGAGACCUUUCAGAUCGGUUAGCGUGGCUGGAUUCCCAUGGUCAGUAUGAGGAGGCGUGGAAGCUCCUUGACGAGCAUCCAGAGGCGGCUGGAUCUACGAGCGAGUAUAACGAUGCUCUAUUUGAUGAACCGACAGGAUCUCAAGACAGUCUCGGCGAAUUUUUCGCAGAUGAAAGAUCAUCGGUCACCACCAUCGGACGAAAUGUGAAUACGGUUGCCGAGCAGGAGAAACGCAGGAUCGGCGAAAAAUGGAUUGACCAGCUCAUUAAGGGGGGGGAAUGGGACGAAGCAGCGGAGACCUGUUGCCGGGUUCUGCAGACGGGUACCAGAUGGGACCAUUGGGCCUGGGUCUUUAUAAAGGCUCAGAAAUUCGCCGAGAUCACCACACAUAUUCCCACGGACCUCCACCCGCCGUUGUCUUCUCAGAUCUAUGAAGUCAUUCUUGGACACUACGUUACUCGAGACCCAGCGCGACUCAAAGAACUACUUGAUACAUGGCCGCUGGACCUUUUCGAUGUCGACGGGGUUACUGUGGCGAUCGAGGACCACAUCCGGUCGAACGAAAUCGCCUCCGAAUCAGAUGAUUGGCGUUUACUGAUGGAGAGUCUCGCCAAGCUCUUUCUCGCAGCAGGCCAUUAUCGCGAAGCUUUGCGUUGCUAUAUUCAUCUCCAAGAUGGGGAUGCCGCGAUGUCCCUCAUCCGCGAACAUCGCUUAGUAGAUGCCGUUUCCGACGACAUCCCUGCGUUCAUAUCCAUCCGCGUUUCCAAGCAGCAAAUCAAGUCGGCGCCAAUCACAGAACUUGAAGAGAUCACAGCCGAGCCGAUCAAGCUGCUCGUGGGCGAAGCUUACACGGGCAUCGUUCCCCCGCAGACAGUAGUCAGCCAACUCCAAGCUGCCAACCGAUUGGUCUUUUUAUACUUCUAUCUGCGUGCGCUUUGGCGAGGAGAGUCGCUUUUUCACGAGGGUGUCAAACUUCGUCGAGGUCGCGGUGUCCAUCGAGACGCAGCUAAUAGGCUUGCCGCAGACGAAGGCAAGGCGUUGAUCGAUCCGUUUGCCGACACGGCUGUGGAGCUUUUUGCAGAGUAUGACCGCACCCUCUUGAUGGAAUUCCUGCAGAUCAGCACCUCGUAUGCCUUUGACAGCGCCACGGCGAUUUGUGAACAGCGUCGAUAUACGCCGGAGCUGAUCUACCUCUUGUCCAAGAUGGGCCAGACGAAGAAGGCACUAAAUCUCAUCCUUUCCGAUCUGCAAGACGUCUCACAAGCCAUCUCCUUUGCCAAAUCCCAGAACGACCCGGAUCUAUGGGAAGACCUCCUGGACUAUUCCAUGGACAAGCCCCGGUUCAUCCACGGGCUUCUGGUGGAAGGGGGCACGGCCAUCGACCCCAUCAAGCUCGUCCGACGUAUCCCCAGCGGGCUCGAGAUCGAAGGGCUACGAGAGGGUCUGACCCGCAUGAUCCGCGAACAUGACCUCCAAGCCAGCAUCAGCCAAGGGGCAGCCAAAGUCCUGCAAAGCGAGGUUGCGCUCGGGAUGGACUCUCUGCGUCGGGGCCAGAGACGAGGCAUCAAAUUCAACAUUGCCGAGCCCACCAACAGAGAAGAGAAGGACAAGGACAAGGACAAGAGCAAGGACCCGUUAAUCCCCACCGAAACGACCAAACCGUCCGGUCUUCAACCUGGUUGCUGUGGAGGCUGCCACGCCCCAUUCCAAGCAAAUGAAAAAGAAAUCCUGGUAGGCUUCGCCUGCGGCCACGUCUUUCACCUCUCCCACCUCCACCCGCCGCCCUCAUCCCAGCUACCCUCGUCCCGGUCCUCCCCGCCGCCCACCCGCACCCCAACGGCAGAUACAUACCUGGCCUCCACGUCGCGAACGGUCGGGCCAAAAGUCAUCACGGCGCGGCUGCUGCGCGACCGGGUCGGCGAGGGGUGCCGGAUCUGCGCCUUGGGCAAGAAGAUUGAGGCCCUGGGCGAAUCGGAUAGAUAG